CUGCCGAGAAUCACCAACCGGCUAAAUAUCCAUAUAAUUUGAAUUCAUACAUAGGAAAUCUUCUAUCCUUCCUGUAAAUAAGUUUCAUUUUAUAAUUAUAAAAAAAAAAUUCACAGAAACAGAAAUCUGUUAGUUUUCUGUUAAUCACAUGUCUAAUUCAUUGGAUUCACAAACUCAGCAAGGAACAGACCCAAACCUUUUAUCUGAACAAACACGCACAAAUGCUGAAAACAUAAUUCGCCAUGCUGGAAAUUCCAGCAAUAGACCACAAUUUCUAGAAUGCCUGCAAGAAAUUAUUCUCUCCUCUAUUGUAGAUGAUAAGAUAUCAAUUGGGGAUGUUGAAGCUACAUUGAAAUACGCGUUGGAUAUUUCCGGAGAAAACAAUGCAUUGUUGACUUCCAGUCUUAUAGACAUAUUUUGGCUUUUUGAUAACGAAUUAGAGAAUUUAUGUCUUCCAAACGACUCGCAAAAGUCAAGGGAAAAGCUGAACUAUUUAGCUAAUAGCCUAAAAUCUUCCCUUUCUAAAGAGACGCUAUUGUCUCGUCUUGAUAGCAAAUUUUUGGAAACGAUAAAUCUAACAUCCAACGGAGAUUUACUAAAUAGAAAGAUUGCUAGGACGAAUACAUCUCUACUUUAUCGCCAGAAGAAGUUCAAUCUAUUACGUGAAGAGAAUGAAGGAUAUUCUAAAUUGAUGGUCGAACUUAUUGAUGGUCUUAACUGUUUUCAUUCUAAUUCUUUGGAUGCACACAUUCUUUCUCAGCAUAUUAAUGAACGAAUUAAAACAAUCAUCGGAUCUUUUGACUUGGACCCCAACAAGGUUUUGGAUACUAUCCUUACAAUAUUUUCUUCUAAUAUUGUCUAUGGUUGGAAAUUCUUCCUUAAAUUAUUAAGGGAUAGUCCUUGGAAGCCCGAGAGCCAAAAAAAGUUUUGGAAAGAUAUGUCAUAUGAUGAACAAGAGAAAGAACUAGGAACUUUUGUCUGCGAAGAAGAGAAUCUUUCCUUCAGUUCUACCUUCAGCGGUAAAAAAAAUACAAUGGCCCAGAUACUUGGACAUGAUUUACAAUACCUUUAUAACGAAAAAGAGUUUACCGAUGACUCAAUAUGUUACUUAAUCGCAAUUUUAAUAAAGUAUGGCUUCUUUGGACUGGAUAACAUUUGGCCUCAUCUGUCUCCUUCAGAUGAUGAAAUGAGCAAAGAGUGGGAUCAAUAUAAAGAGAAGAUUGAUGAUUUGUCAUUUAAAGCGAAAGGAAAUGCAUUAACUAUGGCUGCUCCUUUACCAGAUGAGGAGUCAGAAACGGGUGAGACAGCAAGCAUUGCUUCGGAGACACCACAGGAACCAACAAAACCAAAGGUAUCUCAAAAGAUUGGCUUGCUUAAGGCUUUGUUGGCAGUCGGGGAGCUAAAGACUUCACUAGUAAUAUUGGGACGAUAUCCUUUUGUUCUGCGAGCUUUUCCUGACGUCGCAAAUUUAUAUCAUAAGUUGUUACAUGUUUCAUUUGCUCCUGUAUAUAGUUCCUUCAGUCCCCAGAAAGACCUUUCCGAUGAAAUACGAGAACGGCUGAAACAGCCUAAAUACGUUCCUACAGACGUCCGGUUACGUGAAAUUACACUUCGUCCUCCUGACAAGAAAACAAUAGUGUAUGGAAUUGAUCCUUUUGGACAUCGCGAAGAUAGGACGCAGCAAGAGGUAUUUUUUUACGAAGACUUUAAAGCGGAAAAUCUUCCUAUCUUGAGAACCCUUGACAAUUUUAAUCAAAUUGGCAUUCCUUGGUUAAAAUUAUCAGGAAUCGCUCUUCAUUAUGAUCCUUCUUUGGUCAUUAAGCUCUGCCGUAUCGCUAGAGGUUUUGUUAGCAAAAGUACACAAGGGCAAGACCUUUGGUUGGACAUAAUUCGUGUUAUCUUACUCCCGGUUUCAAGCUUAGUAGGCGUCAACAUUGAUUUAUCAAAUGAGCUUUAUAACUUAUUAACACUAUACGAUCCUUCAACAAGAUACGCACUAUAUGGCGAAUGGUCAAGUACUACUAUAAAAAAAUAUCCCGAAAUGAAACUUCAGGUAAUAAAUACCGAGCGCGAAGCAAAGGGAAUUUUAAGACGACUGACAAAAACAAAUGUCAAGCAGACAGGUAGACUCCUUGCGAAAGUAUGCCAUCCUAAUCCUUACCCCGUAUUUUCAAUUGCACUUAAUCAAAUAGAAACCUACGAUAACCUAGUCGAGGUAAUUGUGGACUCAGCUCGUUUUAUGACUGCGCUUGAUUUUGAUGUUUUAACAUUUGCAAUACUUUCCUCGUUCUCAAAUGAAAUGAAGAAGAGACUGAAACCUGAUGGAACAAGUAUUGCACAUUGGCUACAGGGUUUAGCUUCCUUUUGUGGAAGAGUCUUUCGAAAAUACCCUAAUUUAGAUUGCACAUUUAUUGUUGAAUAUGUCAUUAAACAACUGAAGCUAAAUCAAAUGUUUGAUCUUAAAGUAUUGAAAGAAUUGUUAUCUCAAAUGACUGGAUUACAGCCUUGGACGAACUUAUCAGAUACGCAGCUUCAAGGAGCUGCAGGGGGACCCUUUCUUCGAGAAAUUAGCUUGUCAUUGAUUUACGAAAAUAAGGAUUCACUUAAGAAGUGCUUUUCACACCUUUUUACGACCUUACGAAGAAACAGGCUUGUUACCCAAUUAGUUAUACUACUUGCCCAAAAAUUUAGUAGUAGCAUAUAUGAUGUGACAGAUGAUAAUUCACAUUUAAAGCUCGUAUCAGCUUUAUAUGAUGAUUGUUGCGAUGUUCUUUAUUUACUCAUGGAGUUUUUGAAUAUAACUUGCGGUAAACGUGAGUAUUAUGAGUUAUUGCCUUCGUUUGAUGAAUUAGUUAAAGAAUACCAUAUUCAACCUCAUGUCGCGUUUUUUAUACUACGAUAUAGACAUUUGAAGCCUGACACUGCGACUAUGAAUGAGUAUGCAGAUGAUACUAUGGAUAUUGAUAGUGAUGCUAAUGGUAUUACUAACACCGAAGACUCAACUAUGACUGAUUUUCCAGUGGAGACAUCUUCUAUAGUUGAUUUGCUUCCUGAAAAUGUUUGGGAAUGUAUAAACCCAGACUUAUAUGAAUCAUUUUGGAAAUUUUCAAUUUAUGACAUCUAUGUUCCUUUAGAACGCUAUGAAAAUGAAAGUAAUCGUGCAUUUGAGCAAUUUCGCCAAAUCGAGGCUUCGGGCCAGCCAUAUUCUAAGCAAAAGCAAGACUGUCAAAAACUCAUGUAUUUGUCGGAAAAUUUACGAAAAGAACUAAAGGAGCAUAUUCAAUCGUUGGAAAGUAUAAGAAAAGGCCUGCAAAACAAGUGUACUAAAUGGUUUCUUCCUAUGGAUACACAACAAUUACGUCCUAGAGGACUUGCCUCAAAAUAUAUAUGGAGUUACUGCAUUGCUCCCAGACUAAGAAUGGGUCCUCUUGAUGCUCUUUACUGUGCAAAAUUUAUCAAGUUACUUCAUUCACUUAAUACUCCUAACUUUUCUACCAUAUCUUUUCUCAACAAGCUCUUUGAUUCCCAUCUUCCGUCUUUCAUUUUCGCAUUAACUCCUCGAGAAUCGGAUAGCUUUUCUAGGUUUCUUUUUGAAAUAUUAAGCGACGUGACAAAUUGGUACGAAGAUAAAAAUGCGUAUGAAAAAGAAUGUUUAGGAAAUGGCUCGCUUACUGGUUUCCGAGUUGAUUGGCUUGACGAAAAUAAUCACUCUCUUCUGCCGCAUAGCAAGUUUAUACUCCUUGUAAGUAAAUGGCACAAACAGUUGACACAAUACUUUGAGCAUUGUUUAUUGUCCGGGGAGUACAUGCAUAUUUACAAUGCAAUAAUCAUCUUGGAGAAACUACUCCCAUGUUUUCCUUUGAUUCAAGAAAGUGGGCAAUCAUUGAAGAAAGCGGCUGAGAAACUUAAAGAAAAUGAGAAGCGUGAAGAUAUAAAAAUAUUAGCAUUAGGUUAUUUUGCUAAGCUUUGUAAAAAAGAGACCACCUGGGUUUCAUUUAACACAUUCUCGGGGACUGUGAAACCCAAAGAUCUAACCGCGGUUACCGAGAAGCAUACUUCAGCUGAUAUAGUCAGUAAAUCUCAAGGUCCGGAUAACACCAUUACGGGCGCUUCAAACUUGAACGCUAGUGCUGCAGAAUUUGUUCCUAAGGCUGAGAACCGACAAACGAAAAGUCCAAUUGCUGGUAAUAUGGCUUCUGUGGUGACUGACCAGAAUGAGAAAAAGCCUACAAACGAUACAGGCUUUGAUGAAACGGUUAGACCUGCAGUGCUAGAGAAAAGUUCAGCAACCGAAAGUCCAGAAGGUGUACGCAGCCAACGCUCCAAAACGUCGCAAUCCGAGGAAUUUAAAAGAAAAGAGAGGGAACGCGAAAGGAGAUUCAGAGGCACAUAUACGAGAAAUAUAGAGAAACCCCAAUCUCGUGGGCCACAAGAAAAUGAAAGGAAUUCAUCACGUUAUACAAAACGUGAUCCACCAAAAAGAGAAACGAGGCCUGAAGAUGAAAAUAGAGGUGAUCGCUGGCGUUCCACCUCUUCCCAAAAUCGGAAUGCUCGUUCUAAUGAAAGUCAAAAGCGAACAGAGGCAAAUACUGAUGAAUCUUCUGAUUUUGGUCGAUUCAAAACCAGAGACGAUGAUGACAGAGAAGCUCGUCAUCAAACCUCAUCAAGAUCCAACAGAAAUGGUAAAAACAAUAGGAGUAAUGAUAGAAAUGAUUCUGGUCCUCGAGGUUCCAGUCAGUCUUCUGAAAGACAAGCUAGAUCCGCUCAUACUCCUGUGUCUGGUCAUUCUGAUGAGGGUAGGAAAGAUGAACAACGGAACAUCGGUUCUAAUAGACGAAUGAGACAAGAUGAAAGAAGAGAACGAGACUCUCGUUUACAGAAAGAGCGACAACGUGAUAGACCAUCAAUGCGUUCUGGUAGAGAUGAAAAGAGAAGACGAUUCCAAUAAACAAUCCUCUAACGUAUCAUUUUUCUUCUUCCUUUCAAGGUUUGUUACUAUAGUGUAAAUUAACUUGCAAUUUUAUUAAUUAAAUAAACGAACGUAAAUUUGAAACAUA